UGUUUAGGCGGCGAAUUUACCAACACUUGCUGCCAAAUCAAAAUAAAAAUGUUGCGUAUUUUAAACAACUCUUUGAAAAUAUCGAAAUGUGCAACAGGUUGCGUGCCACAGGUCAUUCGUUUUGCCAGCAAUGGACCCAGUGAUUUGGUCCUGGUCAAGGAGCAGAACGGAGUGCGAGAGAUAACGUUGAAUCAUCCAAAAACUCUGAAUUCCCUAUCACUGGACAUGAUGUGUGCCCUUCAGGACGCCCUGAUAAAAGAUAAGGACAAUUUGGAUCUAAGAUGCGUGGUCCUUACAGCCCAAGGAAAGAUCUGGUCGGCAGGGCAUAAUCUCAAGGAGUUGCACAAUGACCCCAAGAUACAGGCUUGUGUGUUCCAGAAGCUAACCGAUGUUAUAAACGACAUACAAAGACUGCCGGUGCCCGUACUAGGAAAAGUCAAUGGCUAUGCGGCUGCUGCAGGCUGUCAACUGGUGGUGUCAUGUGACAUGGUAGUCUGCACCAAGAACAGCAAGUUCUCUACUCCUGGGGCUGGCGUUGGAGUUUUUUGCUCCACACCCGGCGUCGCGGUUGCCCGCAUUAUGUCGCGUCCAAAGUCCGCCUAUAUGCUAAUGACCGGUCUUCCCGUUACUGGUGAAGAAGCCUACAUAUCGGGAAUGGUCACCAAAGCUGUUGUUCCGGAGGAACUAGAUAAGGAGAUCGAGGAAAUCACCAAUGCCAUCAAGGCAAAAAGUCGUGCCGUCAUCUCUCUGGGAAAGGAGUUCUACUACAAGCAACUGGCCAUGUCCCAAGCGGAAGCCUUUUCGGCUGCGCAAGAAAAGAUGUGCGAAAAUUUCCAGCUGGGCGACACCAAAGAGGGCAUUUCUAGCUUCUUCGAGAAGCGUCCACCCAACUGGAAGCACCAGUAACCGCAACCUGCAAUGUGAAAUGAUGAAUCAAAACUGACCAAUUGUGCAUUUAUACUUUUAAGCUUGAAUUGUCCAAAGUGACUUAAAAAAAUGUUAAUUUGAAAUGUUAUUUCUUUAAAUGUUUAUAAAACAAUGUUGAAUACGA